CGUAGCCGCCUUAGCCGCCGCCGGCUCCGGCCCCGGGAUGUCGGCACUAUGUGACCCCGCUGGGCCCCCGGCCCCACCCGCGCCCGCCGCCCAUGGGCCCGCGUCCCCGCUCAGUGCCCAGGAGCUGGCUCAGGAGAUAAAGGCCUUUCUAACUGGCGUUGACCCUGUCCUAGGACAUCAACUGUCACCCCGUGACCAUGCCCGCUGUGGCCUCCUCCUGCUUCGCUCCUUGCCCCCAGCACGGGCAGCUGUUCUAGACCACCUAAGGGGUGUCUUUGAUGAGAGCGUCCGGGCCCACCUAGCUACGCUGGACGAUGGUGCUACCACAGGCCCUCAACAUCUCCGCCCACCACUCCCUUCCCACGUGCCUUCCGGGGGCCCUGGUCUGGAAGAUGUUGUUCAGGAGGUGCAGCAAGUGCUAUCUGAGUUCAUCCGGGCCAACCCAAAGGCCUGGGCCCCGGUGGUUAGUGCCUGGUCUAUUGACCUCAUGGGACAGCUGAGCAGCAAGUACUCUGGCCGCCACCAGCGGGUUCCCCAUGCCACUGGCUCCCUUAAUGAGCUGCUACAACUGUGGAUGGGUUGCCGGGCCACUCGGACCCUGAUGGACAUUUAUGUGCAGUGCCUGUCUGCGCUCAUUGGCAGUUGUCCUGAUGCUUGCGUGGAUGCCCUCUUGGACACUUCUGUCCAGCAUUCCCCACAUUUUGACUGGGUCGUGGCCCACAUUGGUUCCUCCUUCCCUGGCACAAUCAUUUCUCGUGUCCUGUCUUGUGGCCUCAAGGAUUUUUGUGUCCAUGGUGGGGCUGGAGGGGGCAGUGGGGGAACAGGUGGUCCUACUCCAACCCCUUCAGCAGACACUUUCCCUUCAAGCCCAGUUGUCCCUGGAGAGAAGCGUGUGCCUAAGAUUGCCUCUGUUGUGGGAAUCCUUGGACACCUGGCCUCCCGCCACGGGGACAGCAUCCGACGAGAGCUCCUAAGAAUGUUCCACGAGAGCUUGGCAGCAGGCUCGGGGGGGCGGGGGGGUGACCCCUCUCUGCAGGCCACAGUGCCCUUCUUGCUGCAGCUGGCAGUCAUGUCGCCAGCCCUGUUGGGAACUGUCUCUGGGGAGCUGGUGGACUGCCUGAAGCCGCCUUCGGUCCUGAGCCAGCUUCAGCAGCACCUGCAAGCCUUUGGCCGAGAGGAACUGGACAAUAUGCUGAGCCUGGCGGUGCAUUUGGUGAGCCAGGCCUCUGGGGCUGGGGCCUACCGGCUCCUCCAGUUCCUGGUGGAUACGGCCAUGCCAGCUUCAGUCAUCACGCCCCCUGGCCUGGCUGUGCCUGAUGCUGUCCGGGAGGCCUGCGAUCGGCUCAUCCAACUGCUGCUGUUGCAUUUACAGAAAUUGGUGCACAAUCGAGGAGGGUCCCCUGGUGAGGGGGUGCUGGGUCCUCCUCCACCUCCCCGGCCUGUGCCCUUUCUGGAUGCCCUUCGGAGCCAUGUUGGGGAGCUAUGUGGGGAGACCCUGAGGCUGGAGAGAAAGCGUUUCCUUUGGCAACAUCAGCUCCUGGGCCUGCUGUCUGUCUACACUCGGCCCAGCUGUGGACCCGAGGCCUUGGGCCAUCUCUUGAGCCGGGCCCGAAGCCCAGAAGAGUUGAGCUUGGCUACACAGCUCUUUGCUGGGCUGGUGGUCAGUCUCUCUGGCUUGUUGCCCUUGGCCUUGUGCAGUUGUCUGGCUCGAGUCCACGCAGGGACGCUGCUCCCUCCCUUCACAGCCAGGCUACUCCGGAACUUGGCACUGCUGGUGGGGUGGGAGCAGCAAGGUGGUGAAGGGCCCGCUGCCCUGGGGGCCCGUGUUGGCGAGGCCAUCUCUGCCCAGCUUCCUGAUUUGGCUCCACUCCUGCUGCACCCUGAGGAAGAAGUGGCUGAGGCAGCUUCAUCCCUGCUGGCCAUCUGCCCCUUUCCUCAGGGUGCCUUGUUGCCUGCCCAGCUCCUGAGCUUGGUGAGGGCUGGGGUGUCUCGGUUCUUUGCUUCCCUGAGGCUUCAUGGACCCCCAGGUGUCUCCUCAGCUUCCCGCCUGCUCACAAGGCUCUCUCAGGCCUCCCCAGCCGGCCUCAAAGCAGUCCUGCAGCUUCUCGUAGAGGGAGCUUUGCACCGGGGCAAUGCCGAGCUGUUUGGGGGUGAAGGAGAAGGGGGAAAUGAGAACGUUCCAGCUGCCUCAUCCACUUCAGCCUCGGCCUACCUGCUGGAGACCAACAGGCGGCACACUGCAGCAGUGCCGGGCCCUGGAGGCGUCUGGUCGGUGUUUCACGCUGGAGUCAUCGGCCGAGGGCUGAAACCUCCCAGGUCGGCCCAUUCCCGGAGUCCGCAGGAAGUGACCUACAACAUGCAGAGCCUUCUUCGCCUUCUGGUGCACUGCUGUAGUGCCUCCGGAGGGACCGAGAGCCUGGAUUGCUGGGGGGCGCCGGCGCUGAGCCCUGAGGCAGCCAAAGCUGUGGCAGUGACCUUGGUAGAGAGCGUGUGCCCAGAUGCUGCUGGGGCCGAGCUGGCCUGGCCCCCCGAGGACCAUGCCCGAACCACAGUGGAGCGGGACCUGCGCAUCGGCCGCCGGUUCAGGGAGCACCCGCUGCUCUUCGAGCUGCUGAAGCUGGUGGCUGCAGCGCCCCCAGCCCUCUGCUACUGCUCGGUCCUGCUUCGGGGGCUGCUGGCGGCCCUCCUGGGUCACUGGGAGGCCUCUCGCCACCUGGACACCUCCCAGUCACCCUGGCAGCUGGAGGCCUCUUGUACUCUGGUGGCUGUCAUGGCCGAGGGGAGCCUGCUGCCCCCGACCUUGGGCAACAUGCAUGAGGUGUUCAGCCAGCUGGCCCCCUUCGAGGUUCGGCUGCUGCUGCUCAGCGUCUGGGGCUUCCUUCGAGAGCAUGGCCCCCUGCCUCAGAAGUUCGCCUUCCAGCCAGAGCGGGGCCGCUUUGCCAGGGACUUCUCCAGGGAGGGUGGUGGGGCCGGAGGCCCCCACCUAGCGGUGCUGCACAGUGUCCUGCACCGGAACAUUGACCGCCUGGGGCUCUUCUCCGGCCGCUUCCAGGCCUGGCCCCCCUCGGCCUUGCCUGCGCCCCAGAGGCCGGGGACAUGAGGGCCAGCUGCCCUGGCCCCGAGUUUGAGCGCCAGCUCCAGCCCCCAUCACACCCCGACUCUUCUUCCUGCACUAAUAAAGGUUGCCUAGUUUGGAAAGA